CCAGAAUCCAGAACAAGAACAAGCUGCGGAGCUAGACCAGAAUCCAGAAGAAGAACGUAAUUUGCAGCGGCGCCGUAAAGAUGUGCCAGAGAGAAGCAAAUUUGCCUCAUAUAUUGCAUUGAAAGCUUUAGGCAAAGAUAGACCUGUUGUGAAGGCAGAUAAAGAAAAUGUGGCUCAACUCUUGGGAAUAAGUCUUCGGUCAGUCGAGAAGGCAUGGAAGAAGGCAAUGGAUCAAGAGGCCAGGAAUGAAGUGGUUGAUUUCUCCAAUAAUCGGAAGAUGUGUGGAAGAAAGAGGAGAGAGCUUAAUCUGGAUGAAAGGGUUCCUCAAGUUCCAUUGAACCAAAGGGGUACACUGAGGGCGCUGGCAAGGUCCCUUGGUGUCCCUUUCUCAACACUACAAAGACGGUUGGCAUGGGGCGAUUUAAGGCGCCAUACUAAUAGUCUGAAGCCAUAUCUAUCUUUGGAAAAUAGACUAAGAAGACUGCUAUAUUGCAUCUCAAUGAUAGAUGAACCAUCAAUAACAGAUGCAAAGGUUAUCUUCAAAAUGAUGGGGAACAUAAUGCAUAUGGAUGAAAAAUGGUUUGAUAUGACAAAGCGCAAUCGAACAUAUUACCUAACUCCAGAAGAACCGGAUCCAGUUCGCACUAUCCAUAACCAUAACAACAUCGGUAAGGUGAUGUUCCUAACUCUGGUUGCAAGACCAAGAUUUGAUGCACAAGGUAAUAUGACAUUUGAUGGAAAGGUCGGAAUUUGGGCUUUUGUCAUAGAGGAUGUGGCCAAGUACAACUCAAAGUAUCAAACAAAAGGCGAUUUGAUGCUAAAGAAUCUCAAUGUUACUAGAGAGGUGAUGCGGGAAUACCUCUGUGAGAAGGUAAUUCCAGCAAUUGUUGAAGUAUGGCCCGACGAUGGAGACGUGGGAACCAUAUGGAUACAACAGGACAAUGCAAGAACACAUGUUCCGCCUGAUGAUCCUAUUUUUCAAGCCACCGUAAAAGCUUCAGGAUUGGAUAUUAGGUUGACUUUUCAACCUCCUAACUCCCCAGAUGUGAAUGUUCUGGAUCUCUGCUUCUUCAGUUCAAUCCAAUCCUUGGCAUUUGAGAGUGCACCUAAUACUCUCAAAGAAUUGAUAGAAUCAGUAGAACAAGCUUACGAUGCAUAUGACAUGAAUACACUUGCCAAAGUGUAUGUCACCUUGCAGUCUGUCCUUGUGCAGAUUAUGAAAAACCAGGGUGGAAAUACGUACAAGCUAAUUCACAUGGGCAAGGACAAAAUGAUAAAGGAGGGAAACUUGCCUGACACACUAGAGGUUGAUAGCGAACUAUAUGAAGAAACCUUAAAGUUGAUAGAGGAAUAUGAGAAGCAACUAAAGGAGGAAGAGGAGAAACAAAUCAAGGCUACAGAAGCAAAGAAAGCAUCAAAGAGAAAAGGAAGAUCCCAAAUAAUUGUGGACGAUGACACCAUUAUCGCAGCAAAAGAAUAUAGCACAUGGUUGAAGGAACCAUCAAGCAUUAUCCGACCAUUGCGUCGAGUCAAGACUAAACUUGACCUCAUCCGGGAAACACAAAUAGGCAAAUUUGAAGCUGCAAUACAGCCAAGAAUAAAAGAAGAGAAGCCUAAACAGGAGAAGAAGAUCGAGGCAAAACAACCAGCCAAAGCAUCAAAGAGAAAAGCACGCAGGACUGGCCCCCAAGUAAUUGUGGAUGAUCACAUAAUUAUCCCAGGAAAUACAUAUGACACAUGGUUGAAUGACCCAUCAAGCCUUGUCCGUCAAAGGCGUCGAGUCGAGACACAGAAAAUUAACCUCAUCCGGGAAACCAAAAUAGGAGAAUUCCAAGCUUCAAUACAAGAGAAACUCGGAUAAGGAGGACCCAAACAAACAGUCCUAAAAUAGCUGGCAUGGAGUACUGUACAAUUGAACUAAGGAGAAGCAGGGUAUAUUGAACAAGGAGCAAACAAAUGUAAAGUAGAAGCAUGGUAUAUUGCAAAAAAUGUAAAGGAUAAGAUGGUACAAUUGUGUUGUCUGUAAGUCAUUAUUCUACAACUGUGUUUACUACUGUGUAUAUAUGUACUUGAUGGCAUAUACUGGUAGAUUGCAAUGACAGAGACAAGGAGUAAUGAUGGAAUAUUCUAGCAUGCAAAUUGUUCUGAUUUUCAGUUUGUCUGUUUUUUGCAGCA